AUGGCUGAAUUCCCCACUAAGAAGUGCGGUGUCCUCGGCUGCACGGGUUCCGUCGGCCAACGCUUCAUCCUCUUGCUCUCCAAGCACCCCUACCUCAAACUCCAUGCCCUUGGCGCCUCAGCGCGCUCCGCCGGAAAGAAAUACAAGGAUGCUGUUAGCGGUCUUGACUCGGACGUCGCAGGAGACAUUGAAACCGAGUUCCAAAACGCUGGUCUCGCCGUCUUCUCCAACUCCAAGAACCACCGCCAGGAUCCUACCGUCCCUCUCGUCAUCCCUACUGUCAACCUCAACCAUCUCGACCUCAUCCCCCACCAGCGCAAGCUUCGCUCUUCUGAUAAGGGUCUUCUUGUCUGCAACUCUAACUGCGCCGUCGUCGGCGUCGCCGUUCCCUUCGCCGCCCUCCAAGCCGCCUUUGGUCCCAUCGACUUCGCUUCCGUCGUCACGAUGCAGGCCGUUUCCGGCGCCGGCUACCCUGGUGUCUCCUCCAUGGACAUCAUGGACAACGUUGUGCCCUUCAUCUCUGGUGAGGAGGACAAGCUUGAGACUGAGGCUCGCAAGAUUCUCGGCACGAUGACCACCGACGGUACCGCGUUUGAAGAACAGAGUGCCCUUCGCAUCUCUGCCGCCUGCAACCGCGUGGGCGUCAUGGACGGCCAUACCGCGUGUGUCGCCCUGAAGUUCAUGAGGCAGCCUCCUCCCUCAGCCGAAGAAUGCAUCGAGGCGCUUCGGAACUACACAAGCGAGGCCAAUGCUUUAGGCUGUCCCUCGGCGCCUAACCCACCCAUCAAGGUAUUUGACGAGCCGGACAGGCCUCAGCCUAGGCUAGACCGAGACCUGGAGUCAGGCUACACGGUGAGCGUCGGACGAGUAAGAAAGGAUGAUGGUGGUAUCUUUGAUCUCAAGUUUGUGUCCUUGAGCCAUAAUACCGUUAUCGGUGCUGCGGGCGGCUCUAUCGUCAACGCCGAGGCCGCCAUCCUCAAGGGCUAUAUACAGUAG